AUGACAGACAGCAACAAGAUGAUUAUCAACUUGGCACUCUUUGGCAGGACUCAGAGUGGGAAAAGUUCUGCUGGGAACAUUCUACUGGGAAGUACUGACUUCCACAGCAGAUUUGCUCCAUGUUCUGUAACCACAGAUUGCAGCUUGGGCCGAAGUUGUCACCUCCACAGCUUCAUGCGUCGAGCGGGGCAAGAGAUAACCCUGCAGGUCCAGGUGUUGGACACUCCAGGUUAUCCACACAGCAAGCUGAGCAUGAGUCACGUGAAACAAGAAGUCAAGACGGCACUGGCGCAUCACUUCAGGCAAGAGGGUCUCCACCUUGCACUGCUGAUCCUUAGAGCAGACGUGCCUUUCUAUGGACAAGAAGAAUCUUACCCAAUCCAAUUGAUCCAGGAACUUCUGGGAGAUACUUGGAAGAAUUACACUGCUAUUCUUUUCACCCAUGCAGAAAAAAUAGAAGAUGCUGGGUUCAGUGAAAAUGAAUAUUUACAUGACGCCUCUGAUACACUCUUAACCCUACUAAGUUCUAUUAAGCAGAGAUAUGUUUUUCUGUAUAAAAAAGGAAACUUAUUUAAUGAACAAAGAAGGAAAAUCUUGGAAAGAAUUGUGGAAUUUAUAAAAGAGAAUCAUUAUCAAGGUCUUACUUUUAAAUAAAAUUUAAAUAAAAAGAGCAUUGAACAAUGGAGACAGAAACCUGGUUUCAAAAAUUUGCCUUCCUAAGCAUAAAUGUGGACUUUGAAAAUUCCUUACAUGGUCAGUGAGUGUACAUUUAUAUAACCACUUUGGAAAACUGUAAGAACAUCAUCAGAGAUUCAAGACUUCUAAUGCAAAUCCCACAAUAUAGCAAUUAGACACCUAAAUACAUAACCAACAGAAAGGUGUGCACUUGUGCACUAAAAGACAGGCAUGCACAAGAAUGUUCAUAGCAGUACUAUUCAUAAUAGCUAAAAACUGGAAACUAUCCAAAUGUUCAUUAAUAGUAAAUAUGUAAAUUGUGGCAUGUUAAUACAAUGAGAUACCUUACAGAGCAAACUUGACUCCAUAUCACAUUAUCAAACAACUGUUCAAACAUAUUGCUGAAAGACAGAAGCCAGACAGAAAAAAAAGCACAUUCUCUGAUUCUGUUUGCAUAAAGUUCAAAAAAAUUCAAAAACUAAAGUCAUCCCAACUACUCUCUUUCUGUGCCAAGGCUUGGAAGAGUGGUUUCCCUGGGGAAUAAUGAACAAC